AUGCCUACCAGGCAAUGUGUUUCCCUUCGGCCGCUAGGGUUCGCUGCCAUUCGUUGGGUGUCCUCGCCCGUGCGCUGCAUCCACUCGAAGGCCGCAGUCGACACCUCUGCAGAUGGCCGUCCUCCCUCCUCGACACCUGGCUCCGCGGCAUCCAAGCCGCCCCGGGCCCGGGCUCCACCCCGCCGCCGUGCUGAAGACCACCGAGCCGAGAUCAUGCGCGCGUCCCUCAUACUGGCGCGCUUGUAUGCCGCCACGCCGGGCCCCCUGUCGACGGCCGACAUCCUGGGAGCCCUGCGCGAGGCAGCCGCCUGGCAGCUGGCCCACCCGGACCACCUGGCUCCCGGGGCCCAGCCCUCCGUCUUGGACUUCCUGCAGGAGAGACCCCCCAAUGAGGAGACAGGCCCAGGAUCCCCAGGGCAAGCGCCAACGCCCACCAUCCUCCCCUGGCCCUUCCUGUCGUCCGGCGCCGCGCGUGAGCUCACCGAUCGUGGCAUCGAUGAUACCCUCUUCCGACAGACCAUGCGCCGGGACGGCCUAGUGCCGGUGUUUCUGCGCGACCGGCUGCCGCACAUCUUCUGGCUAAGCUCGGACAACCCUCUCCUCCAUCCGGAUGCCCUGGGCACCAUGGCUGAAAAGCCACCUGAGAAAACCGAGGAGUAG